AUUAAACGAAGCGAGGACUGAAUUCAUUACAAUAAAUAAAGACGUUUCCUGUUCACAUUUUGAACAAAUAUUGAGAUUUGUUGGUAACAAGUGCACGAGAACAAUCCUUCUUGUAAAAACAAAUCGGAAACAUGACGUAAAUCUUUGUAAAUUACUGACGAGGACGAAUUUUAAUGUGAGGCACAAUGAACAUGGACAUCUUAAAAACAGUUCGAUAUGUUUAUCUUUUUAUGUGUUUUAUUUGUUUUAUGGACUUAGAACAAGCAAGCACAUCUGAGGGCUAUUUGCGAGAAUUAGAGAAGACUUCAACCGUUCCUUUAGCCAGAACCACAACAAAUACUCCAAAUGGAGAAGAAUUCUCUAAUUGGAAUGGGACAAACGAUACUCCUAUCACUCCAGCUGCCUCCGAUCUUCCUCCAAACUGGGAGGAAUUUUGCGUUUUACAGGAAAAGGAUGCCAGUCUUACAAUUCAUCAAUACAUUUGUCUAAUUAACGCGUCCUUCUCUGGUAAAUGGAAUUUUUCAGUACUAAGACAGCACAUUUUUUCAAAGGAUAUAAAGUAUGGUUUUGAUGUACGUUGUCAAAAUGGUGCUAAAAUUUCGCUUCCCUUGUCCGCAAAAGGAAAAAAUAUUAUCAAACUUAUUAUUCGCGACUGUGUAGCAGUAGACUAUUUUUCAGAUUAUCAGAAUCCUGAUUUAGACAGUUAUCCAGACGAACUGGAGGAAUAUGUGAAAAUCAAUGUACAACGACUGAUUUCAGUAAAGGCAUUAAGUAAGAACAUACAGAUAAAGGCUGAGACGCUGCAGAAAAACUUAAUUUGUGGUGACGAAGAAACAUUGAAAGUUAAGGUUGAAAGAAACGAAACCUUUUCAUUUAUUGUCGAUACUCUAGAUGUGAAUUACACCCUAUUUACCAGAUUCGCUACCGGACACAUUAUAGACACAAGACUGUCUCCACACAAGUGCGUUUUCAAAAAACUGCAAGUACUCGAGAAUUCUGUCACAACGGGUUUACCUCGGUAUUAUGCGACUCUAGUGACUGAACAGAAUCAGUUUCCAGUAUUAAAACUGCUUAAUAUAUCUCACUCUUUCAUGAAUUACAUAUCACAGAAAUUCAAAAACUGGUGGAUUUACUUUGAAAAAUUGGAAUAUCUUGAUAUGUCCUACAACCUUAUUCAAGAUAUUUCUUUCCCAGUAAGUAAUGGAGGACUAUGGGGACAACAUAUACCCUACUUAACUUUUGAUUUUACUUUUAACAAUAUCAGUCAACUCACGGUCCGCAAUUUUGAAAGACUAGUCCGCAACGAGAAGAUAUUUGUCAAGAUAGCUAGUAAUCCAUUCAACUGCACCUGCACAGAUGAAAUGAAAGAAGUAUUGAAGUACAUUCAGAACACGGAUUGGAGUUCGGCAAAAUACAAAAGAUAUGCAUACUUUAGGGAUCUGAGGUGUGAAACUCCUGAAAAUGUCCGAGGUUGGCGUCUGGCAGAUCUGUCCCCCAGGGAUAUUAACUGUAAAUUCGAGUUGAUGCCAGUCACUGUGGCUUUGAGUGUCUUGUCGUUGAUCCUCAUCAUUUUCAUUGUUGUUAUACUUAAGUAUCGAAGGGAAAUCCGAAUUUUAUUUUACACAAGGUUUAAUGUAGUGCUUCCGUGUCAGCCAGCAGAAAUAUACGAGGAAAAGGAAUUUGAUGCCUUUGUUUCCUACAGUAAUGAUGAUCAAGAGUGGGUGUGCAAUAUUUUUGAUGAAAACAAACACGACCGACUUGUACAGUUGAAGUUUUGCAUGCACCAUAAGGAUUUCAUUCCAGGUAAAACUAUUUUUGAGAACAUCGUCAAAUGCAUUGAGAAUAGUCGUCAUACUGUCAUUGUACUCUCAGAAAAUUUUCUUAAAAGUCAUUUUUGCUUGUGGGAGUUUCAAGAAGCUUUUCAGCAAAGUAUUGUUGAAAGAAAACGACAUCUCAUCAUCAUCUUACUAGAAGACAUUCCAGAUAAGGACCUACCAAACGAUCUGAAGAGAUGUAUGAAAACAUUCACUUACAUCAGAAAGGAUGAUAAAAUCUUCAUUGAUAGAUUGCUUUAUUCAUUGUCGUACAAGGGAAAAGAUGUCCAAAAUACGAAAAUUGCUCAGAUUAACCCAGGCUAUGAUGACAAUGGAAAUAACGGAGAUAAUAAAGUGAAUGAAGAUGAUGUAAUCAAAAUGAAGAAUGAAAGAAAUUCUAUAAUUAAUAACUUUCAGAAAGGAAAAUAAAAUCAUGCAGAAGAAUAAAUAUCUGACAAACAAAAAAUUUUACAAGAAAGUUGUUUAAUACUUGAACAUUGUCAGCUAAUAUUUUGUUGUUGUUCUUGUGCCAUAAAUGUAAAGAUAAGGCUGUAGACUGUGAAAUGGUGAAAUAUUUAGUCUAUAGGAGGUUUUCAAACAAUUCUUCUCUAACGAGAACAGAGCAAUGUUUUUUGUUAACGUUGCUAGGUAUUGUUUGUGAUCCGUACAGAGCAAACGAAAAUAUAUCACAUAAGUUCUUUUUUAUGCAUUCCUAUACUUUCUGAUAAUGGACAGUUCUUAAAAUCUUUGUUGAGGGUAUGCUGUCACACUGGUGAUGUGUUAUUAUGAAUGUUUUAUUCUGUAAAUCUAGUCAUGCAGGUCCCGGUGUGCUAUCAAAUGCAAUGUUUUAUAAUGUACAAUCCAGGAGACUUUCCUCUAGUUUUUCUUGCACAUGGCAUUAUUG